GGCUUCCACACACACUCUCGCAGAGUCUUGGGGUCAUCGUUUCGCACAUACAGCAGGCUUCUUCUCUCUUUCUUCUUCAUUGUUUUGUCCUCAGUAUGCUGGAAUCUCGACGACAGGGGCUUUUCUUAAACUACUGCCAGUUGUGGUCCCCCUCGCGUAACCGCGGCGAUUGAUUGCAUCACCCCUCGAUAAUCGACCCGAGACAUGCGAUAAGCCCUGGAUUGGACACUACUACUGCCUACCGGACGGAUCUCCUACGGGUGUAAUUUGUCGACGCGUCACCUUUACAUUCUGGUCAAUGUAAACGCAUUCACGGCCUCUUCGAAAGGCUGUCAAGUUUGCCCGCGACUGGGACAAGAAGAAUAGUUGGAGCCUUGAAAGGGGUGGGAGAUACAGAUACACAAUGGAUACCAGCGAGACGGCGAUCGAAGCCGAAGUGCGAUUAGCGGCAGAAGCGACGGCGAGAGAACAACAACGACGAGAAAGCGAACGAGCGCAGGUCGCUGCGAAACUUGCCAAAGGAGGCGUCACGACGCGACACGAGGAGUUCGGCGAUGAGCGAGAACCGCUUCUACCUGGACGGAGAGGAUCAGAAAGAGAAGAUGAAGAACAAGAAGGGGACCGAAGGCCCUCGUGGCCUGGGAGUAUAGACUUCGAACAUCUACCAUGGUACAGACGACCCUCGAUAUACUGGGUAUUGGGCCCUUUCUUCAUCAUGGCAUGCGCAUUCGGUGGCAUCAUCGCGCCCAAGAUGAAUUUGAUAUUGGAUCUGGUGUGCAGAGAGUACAUCUCGGAACGCAAUGCUUCGAAUCCUGGCUUCACGCACCUGAUACCUGUCGAUUUUAACAAUAUCGAAGGAGGAAACGAUCAAUGUCAGAUUCCCGAAGUGUCGGCUCGGACAUCUAUGUUCAAUCUCUGGGGGUCGCUCAUCGCUGGUGUGUUAUCAGCGUUUACUGCACCGAAGCUGGGAGUGUUGUCGGAUCGAUAUGGACGCAAGCCGAUUUUGGUCAUCACCAGUUUGGGUACGAUAUGUGGCGAGGUCAUCACCAUCUUUGCCGCAACGUAUCCCAAUACGUUUCCUGUGCCACUUUUGUUGCUCAGCUACGCAUUCGAUGGGUUGACGGGAUCCUUCAUCGUGGCAAUGUCGAUCGCGAACGCAUAUGCAACAGAUUGCACUCCGCCGAAUAUGAGGAAUGUGGCGUUUGGAUAUUUCCACGCUUCAUUGUUCACGGGCAUCGCAGUCGGCCCAAUCAUUGCGGGAUAUAUUGUGAAGUGGACUGGUAAGAUUGUCACGGUAUUCUGGAUCCUUGGAGCGGUGCACGUCGCUUUCAUGCUCUUUGUCGGCUUCGUUGUGCCGGAGUCGCUAUCAGAGAAGCGGAAGGCGAUCGCUCAGGAAAAACAUGAGUUGUUGCAAGCGGAGAAGGAACCAAACCGAGACUGGAUCAACAAUCUCCGUUCGUUCAAUAUUUUGGAGCCGCUCAAGAUUUUGCGACCAAAAGGUCCCGGCAGCAGCAAAGCUCUGCGAAGGAAUCUCCUCGUUCUGGCUGCGGUUGACACGAUCGUGUUUGGAGUGGCGAUGGGCAGCAUGGCGGUGGUUUUGAUCUACAUGCGCCAGCAGUUCGGGUGGCAGACAUUCGAAUCUGGCAAAUUUAUGACCAUCGUCAACAGCACCAGAGUUUUCUGCUUGCUUGUAAUUCUGCCGGGAUUGACACGUAUCGUGCGCGGCAAAGCAAGUUCGCGCAAAACAAAGAAUACUGGCGCAGAUAUGUUCGACCUAACCAUCAUCCGAGUUGCCAUUUUCAUCGACUCCAUGGGGUUCCUAGGCUAUACAUUGGCUCGUCAAGGUUCGGCGUUCAUCCUUUCCGGAGUCGUGGCAUCUUUUGGAGGAAUUGGUUCACCGACGUUGCAGUCCGCAUUGACGAAGCAUGUUCCUGCAGAUCGUACAGGACAGCUUCUUGGCGCAAUCGGGCUUUUGCACGCAUUAGCCAGAGUUGUCUCGCCGGCCGUGUUCAGCGCCAUUUUUGCGGCUACAGUCGGCAAGUUCAACCAGGCGGUUUUCGUGUGUCUUUGUGCUACUUUUGGGCUGGCAUUUAUUGUCAGCUGGUUUAUCACGCCUCAUGUAUACUUCGAUGAAGACAAAGCCGAGAGAGGCGAUGACGAAGUCGAGGAUAUUAAUGGCCCAGGGACCAGUGUUGUAAGCAACAUCAGAGGGUCUGCCAAUGCUGCCGCUGGCAGCUCUUGAUGAAUAGAACUUUUCUUGUACCGUGCUGGGUGAUACAGAUACCACGGCGCAAAGCCAAAGCAUUGUAAGAACAUGUCACGACCAGUAAUGAUAGCGAUAGCAUCUUUCUCGCAUGUAGACCAUACUGGCCGCUCUUCACAGCGAGCUAUAUUUCUCCGAAGCAUACCCCAGAUUCCUGGCAGAACGCACUUGUAGUCAUGUCUCAGUCAG